AUGUGCAAAAAGAAAAAUACAGCUGUCAGCUUUGGCUUGGCCGCCAGCUCUACACCAAAUCUUAUACUGGUGAUAUGCAUACUCGCCCUCAUGGUCAACUUUACCGUACUUGUAUACAGUUACAUCAAGCGCGAGUACACGCCAUUAAAGUCGCAAAACUUAUCGAACAUGUACUUUACCUACGUGUCCAUGGUGAUGUCUUUCAUCGGGAGCGUGUUUAUUGGCAGCUCUCGUUAUGCGGUUAAAGAGUGGGCGGUCUGUGCAGUAACUAUCGGCUGGCUCGUGUACGCCGCAUUGGCCUUUGUUUUGGAUUCCAAUGCCGGCUACGGGUACGACAUUAAGUCAAACAUGUGCAUUGUCCAGUCGCCCAUUUUCUUAGCCGGAAUGGGAGUGUUAAUUAUUCAAGGGCUAGUGGUAUGCGGUAUGCUGGUCAAGGCGCGCAAGAUGGAGAGUUGCUUUGGUGAGUUCAAAAAAAUGCUCAUUGUCACCGGGAUUCUGACACUAUCUGGAAUCCUGACCAUUGCGUUCAAGUAUGCCAAGUUUGGGCCUGAUGGUCAAGUUUUGGCCGGAAUCCUGAAGCUAUUAGCUGUGUUUAUCCCACAGCAGGCGUACUUUUACAUUAUCCUUGGCCCGCCAAUCUACCACUCGCUCAGAGACAGCGAGGCGUACUAUCGGGUGUUUGUCGAGCGCAUCGAAAAGCAGGGGCUCGCGCAGCUUUACAAAAUGGCCAGCAAGUGCUAUAUGGGCGAGAUUAGCAAUAUGAGCGAGUCUGGCCGGUCGCGCUACGCCAGCAUGCAGAGCAACUUUUCAGGAAACAUGCCGGCGCCCGUUACAACGAGCCAGGUGCCCAGAGACAAUGUGGCCGAAUCUCAUCGACCAAGCUGGUACAUCCCGUUCACUUAA